AUGUCUGAAAGAAAUGAAAUGUUGAAGGCUGGGAAUAUUAAAAACCGAUUGGAAGACGACACGAGAAAUACACUGAACGCUAAGAAGGACAUUUGUAGAGACCGUAUCAGGCUCGAGAGCGGAAAACAUGAUGGUAAUCUGUAUAAGUGUCGCUGCCAGUGUGAUGACAGCGAAGGCGAAUGGAGAGGGGGAUCGUUUUUGUUAGUUUUCCUUAUAAGACAUUCAACACCAGUUGUAUUAACUGACGCUAUUGCGUACUAG